AACUAUAUUAACAUCAUCAUCCAAACAACAAAUUCAUCAGCUGCAACAGCAAAAGGAUAUAGCCAAAAGACAAGGCUGCACUCAAAUGCGGUAUUUACUGUAGGCAGCAAUUUCAGCGUUGGAACAAAGGGCUUUUUUCUGUUAUAGUUUUUUGUUUUCGUUUUUUUUUUUUUUUUUUUUUGGUACAACUGAAGCAAUUAACUGAAAAUGUAGCGCUGGCAAGGACAUGGGCAAAGUGGAACAGCAAAUGCCAUGCGAUGCAACGAGCAUAAAUAAACUUCAAAUAUUCCGUGAUUAGGACGUGGUGUACCCAAGCGCUCUAAAUGCAGACGAUAUGGGCACAACAUGGCCUCAGCACAGAUACGACAUUUCUAUAACACACCAACAACAACAACAACAACAACAACAAGAACAAACAAGUCCUCUUCUUCCACAACACGCCAACUCUUACAACAACAGCAGCAACACACUGUCAACAGCAGCAGAAAGCGGAAGCAAUUUGAAAGCGAAACGUUUCUGUGCCACACAACAACACAAAGUAAAUUGGAAGCACCAAGAACAACAACAACAACAACAACAUGGCAGCCACUCACGCCAGCAACACUCGGGACAGCAACAGCAGCAGCUUCAUCAGAUGAUGUACAAACGAGCGGAAGUGAAAAAGGUGCUUCGAAUUGGAUAUGGACAAUACAUGAGAUCGCUGCGAGCACCGCCAACCAUAGCCGCAGCAACAGCAGCAGGAGGAACAGCAUGUUACAGUAUGCUGGCACGAAGACUGGGCAACAGCAGCAGCAGCAGCAGCAGCAGCAGCAGCAGCAGCAGCAACAGCAGCAAAUGCCGCAGCUGCAUCAGCAAUAUCCUGUCUCAGGUACACAUGAUGCUAAUUGCAAUGACGGCCACAACGAUAUUGGCGCUGGCAUUGCGGGAUGUCGACGCCUUGCUGUUGCUACUGGGGCUGCCACUGCUUUUGCUGCGCACGCCAGCAGCAGCAACAACAAGAGCAAUACAAAAGCUGCAACAGCAACAUGCAAGCCAACAAUACAAUCACGCCUAUCUUCCAAAACCAAACACGGCCAAGGUCAAGACUCUACAACAGCAACAACUGCAACAACAACUGCAACAACUGCAACAAAACAACGAAAAGUCUAUCAACACUGCACAAAAGCUGCCGCUGCCAUUGGCCAGGGCCCUCGGACUGUCAGAUUCUAUAUGGAUAUGCAAAAAUUUGCACGCACUGUAUUUCCGCUUGUUAUUGUCUUCAAUCUGCUACCUUUGUUCUAUGCAGAAUGUGAUCAGACGUUCGUCUCGCGCAUUGGAGGGCCACAAAACGGCAGCUUCACGGCUCCGCUGCUGCAUAACCAUCGGAAUCAUUCGCGGCAAUGCCUCUACACAUUCCUAGCAGGACCGGGUCAGCGUGUCGAAGUAGUUUUUAAAUCCUUUAAUUUAAGAGGAAGUCCGCCAGACGGUUCGGCCGUCGGUGAGUUACCAAGUUGUGUUCAUGAGUACAUGGAUAUCUACUCGGAGGUGCAAUCGUCCGAACCAGCGGAGCUGAUCAAUUCCCCAUUCGGCGGCCGCUAUUGUGGCGCAAUACCGCCGCGUCGUCGCAUUUCCAUGUACCGCGCCGUUGCCAUUUCAUUUUUUAGCAACAAGAAUGUGUCGACGGACCUGUUCGAGGGCACAUUUCGGUUUAUAAAUGCAUCGGAAUAUGAAAUUGGUAUACCCAUUGCUGGAUCGCCAUGUUCCUACACGAUAACGCCUAGCAUGAGUAUCAAUAAAACUGGCGCACUCAUAUCGCCAACCUAUCCAGGUGCCUAUCCGAAGGAUAUGUCAUGCACAUAUCAAUUUCUUGGUGAAUCGAAUCAGAGAGUUAGAUUAGAGUUUCGUGAUUUUGAUCUGUUUUUUGGUGGACCACACUGCCCAUUUGACUAUGUGAAAGUGUACGAUGGUCCAGAUAAUUCGUCAGCAUUAAUCGGUACAUAUUGCGGACAGCAAAGAAACUUAGUAUUGUAUUCGAGCGAGUCGAGCCUUUUUGUUCAUUUUUAUACCCUGCCGCGCACCGCAAAUUCGCAAAAUCGUGGCUUUAAAGGAAUUUAUGAAUUUAGCGAAAGUUUUGUUAAAUUAGAUUUUAUACGUGAAAAUGAUGGCAUUCACAUACGUGGCUCAGAAUGUGAUCAAAAGAUUUUAUCGAAGAAGGAAUCAACUGGUUUUGUGCUCUCACCCAACUAUCCCUAUCCAUAUAUACCAAAAACUGUGUGUAGAUAUUUCAUCUAUGGCAUGCAAGAUGCCCAGCAUCUGGAGCGUGUGCGUCUCGAGUUUAUCUCUUUCAACAUACCCAAAGUGGAGCACAAGGACAAGAGCGAAUCCAAUUGUACUGAUGGCUAUCUAAAGAUCUAUCUGAAGGGCCAAGAGACGGCCGAUGCGUACGACAAAUUCGAUUACGAGUUGUGCGGCAAUGAGACGCAGCGCGUCAUCAGCGAUGGGCCCCGUCUGGCGAUGGUGUUCAGUUCGGGUGAGCUGCAGGGGCGCGGCUUUAAGGGCAAGUACAUAUUCGAGACGGAAUAUAAAAUACCCGGCACGGCGGCACCGGACGGCACCUGCAGCUUUACGUAUGUGAGCAGCUCGAAGAAACGCGGCGAGCUAAACAGCCCGCGAUAUCCAUCCAACUAUCCGUCAGACACGAACUGUUCCUACUUGUUCUUGGCCGAGCAUAACGAGCAAGUUACCAUUGUAUUCGACCACUUUAAGAUCAAGGCCGACAACAAUGGAAAUGCCACUGCGGGCUCUUAUGGCUCCGGUGCCUGCUUUGAGGAUUGGCUGGAAAUGUAUGUGGUGUAUCGGGAUAACAACGAUCGCUUGCUGGGUCGCUAUUGUGGCCUAACUGCACCCGGGCCCGUUGAGAGUCCACGAGGCGCAGUUGGUCUACGCAUUACGUUGCACACGGAUCAGGAGAGCGUGGCCAGCGGCUUUAAGGCGCGAUAUUUCUUUGAAUCGGCCAAAUCCGAUGCGGGCGACUGUGGCGGCAACUUCAGCAACGAGGAUUCAGGCAUUAUCACCUCCCCGAACUAUCCAGCCGGCUACAAGGCGCCUGGUCGUGGCAUGGCCUCCAAUGCCUGCAACUGGGUAAUGACCGCACGCGCCGGCUACAAGUUGUCCAUCAACUUUGAGCAGUUCGGGCUCGAGGGCGAUCCGGCAAAUCGUGGCUGUCCCGCCGCUGUGCUGCGGCUCUGGGUAAAUGUCGAUUCGGAUCAGCCGCCUCUGGAGCUGUGCGGUGAGAAGCCCCCUAUUGAGCACUGGCACUAUAUAUCCACUGGCCAAACAGCGCGCAUCAGUUUCACCACCAGCGACAAGACCGUCGGUGCACAGGGCUUCCGCAUUGUAUGGACGGAGAUACAGGACUCCGGCCCGGGACCACCAUCCAUUGGGCUGCUCUGCGAGUCCACCUACCACUUCCAGUGUGCGGCGGGCUAUUGCAUAUCGGACAAGCUGCGCUGCGACGGCGUCAAGAACUGCGGUCCCGGCGAUGAUAGUGACGAAUUGCAUUGUAUCACGGAAGCGGCCGAGGAGGAUCACGACGUCCUAAUUAUAAUAACACUAGUCGUCGUCUCGUCCCUAAUCUGUCUCCUAUGCACACUCUGUCACUCCAGAAGAAAACGUAGAAAUCAUGCGCGUCAAUUGGGUUUACAUCGGAAUGCACACUAUGACUCGCAGACGAGCGCAACGGCUGGUCUUAGCUCCAGUCGACGUCAUUUGCAGAGUGGAGGGGCGAGCAUUGCGGGCAGUUUACACGGCAUUAACAGCGGCACCUUGAUCAUUCCACCCGCGCCCCUGCCACCCACCAGCGUGCCACCACCACCGCAUAUAUGUAUAGCCGGGAUUGACAUGUCACACGGCCUGAUGUCCAACGACGAGGACGAUGAUGACGACGACGAUUUGGAGCUGGACGAGGAUCAGCUGGCGGCGGAUAUAUUCAUAAACGAUGUGCAUUUCGACGAAGAUAAUAUCGAUCAUGUAAACCAAAUGGCAAACGUUUAACUAUGUUUAUAAGCAUUUUUAUCGAUAGUUUCAGCUAUAGAGCGCUUUAGAUUAGGACGUGCCCAUGUCAAGGGGUACGUAUAUAAGUAAUUGAGUACGAACAUCGGAUGAAGUUGGAGUUGAAUGUCUAUAUACAUACUGACUGCGACAGACAGCAGAAAGAACUUGAACAACAAGAACAAAAAUUUAAAAGUUAACAAUACCUAAAAGACAAAAAAUUAUGCAAAAGUGCGAAUUGAUUAAGACAUAAAUUUAAUAAGCUAUAAAGAGGGCGCAAAUUAACGUAAACAGUACAGUAGGGCGUAAACAUUGUAGUAGCGAUAAACGAUUAACGAUUAACGAUUAACGAUGAACAAAGAAGACAGACAACAAAUAAUAAUUACAUUUAAAUAUACAUACAUACUAUAUUAUACACAUAGCGACUAUGAGGGGACAGAGAAUUGCGAAACGCACAUUGAUGGUUCAGGAAUGAAAAACCCAAGCGGCGAAUAUGUAAAGCAUUUUCUUAGCCACAAGAGACCGCAAAAA